GGCAUAGGGCCCACAAUAGAACCACAACCGACUUGAUCGACAAGGCAAAGGAAAAGAGAUCGGAAAGGUUAAAAUCUCAUCUGGGUUGAAAGCAAAAAUUCCAAAAAACUCGAACGCAGUGAAAGAAGGGCUUGCAAUGGCGACGGUAGGGGUGGAAACCAAGCAACCAGAGGCGUUGCCGGAGGAGACAUGCUCGGCCAAGGCGGUAAAGCAAGGAGAGGGUCUGAGGCAAUACUAUCUCCAACACAUCCACGAGCACCAGCUACAGGUCCGCCAGAAAACCCAUAACCUCAAUCGCCUCGAAGCUCAGCGCAAUGAACUCAAUUCCAAAGUUAGGAUGCUUAGAGAGGAAUUACAGCUGCUUCAAGAGCCUGGAUCCUAUGUUGGUGAAGUGGUCAAAGUAAUGGGAAAGAAUAAGGUUUUAGUCAAGGUUCAUCCAGAAGGGAAAUAUGUCGUUGAUAUUGAUAAAAAUAUAGAUAUCACAAAGAUUACACCAUCAACUAGGGUUGCUCUCCGCAAUGACAGCUAUGUUCUUCAUUUGAUCUUGCCAAGCAAAGUAGAUCCUCUGGUCAACCUUAUGAAAGUUGAAAAAGUUCCUGAUUCUACAUACGAUAUGAUUGGUGGCCUUGAUCAGCAAAUCAAAGAAAUUAAAGAGGUCAUUGAGCUUCCUAUCAAACAUCCUGAAUUGUUUGAGAGUCUUGGAAUAGCUCAACCAAAGGGUGUCCUGCUUUACGGCCCACCUGGUACCGGCAAAACACUUUUGGCUAGGGCUGUGGCCCAUCACACUGAUUGUACCUUCAUCAGAGUUUCUGGUUCUGAAUUAGUUCAGAAAUACAUUGGAGAGGGCUCUAGAAUGGUCAGAGAACUUUUUGUCAUGGCCAGGGAGCAUGCUCCAUCCAUCAUUUUCAUGGAUGAAAUUGACAGUAUUGGGUCUGCUCGAAUGGAAUCUGGUAGUGGCAAUGGUGACAGUGAAGUGCAGAGGACAAUGUUGGAGCUUCUCAACCAGUUGGAUGGAUUUGAAGCAUCAAACAAGAUUAAGGUCUUGAUGGCCACAAAUCGUAUAGAUAUUCUGGAUCAAGCACUUCUUAGGCCAGGGAGAAUUGACAGAAAGAUUGAAUUUCCGAAUCCUAAUGAGGAGUCUCGUUUCGAUAUCCUGAAAAUACAUUCAAGAAGAAUGAAUUUAAUGCGGGGGAUUGAUUUGAAGAAGAUUGCAGAGAAGAUGAAUGGUGCAUCUGGGGCAGAGCUCAAGGCUGUAUGCACAGAAGCAGGAAUGUUUGCUCUGAGGGAACGAAGGGUUCAUGUAACCCAGGAAGAUUUUGAGAUGGCGGUUGCCAAGGUGAUGAAGAAGGAGACGGAGAAAAACAUGUCAUUGCGCAAGUUGUGGAAGUAACUUAUAACAAACGUAUCACUUUGUUCUUUUGAGUCAACAUGGAAACAGAAAAACGAAAAAGACCAAGAAUUUUAUGGCUCGUAAUACUUAUAAUAUUUGCAACGCAGUCUUUUUAAAUGAUGGUAUAAUGCUUUUAUUUGUUUUUGAGUUGAUGCUUUCACACAAAAUUCUCCGGAAACUUGUAAUGGACAGGCUUCUAGAACUUAAUGAUUUGCCCCCUAGUGUUGUGUUAUAGAUUGUUAGUCUAUGACUUUCAUAUUGAAAAUUGAUUUAUUGGCUGUCA